AUCGACGACCUCCACAGCCAGAUGCUGAGCAGCUCUGCCAUCCUGGACCACCCCCCCUCACCCAUGGACACCUCGGAAUUGCACUUUGCCCCUGAGCCCAGCAGCGUGGGCCUGGACCUGGCCGACGGCCACCUGGACAGCAUGGACUGGCUGGAGCUGUCGUCGGGCGGCCCCGUGCUCAGCCUGGCCCCGCUGAGCACCACUGCGCCCAGCCUCUUCUCCACGGACUUCCUCGACGGCCACGACUUGCAACUCCACUGGGAUUCCUGCUUGUAGCUCUCGGGCUGCGGAGCCGGGCCGGGAGGGGCUGGAAGUUGAGGGGCCUCGGGAACUCUGGGAGCCCCACUCCCUCGGCCCGAUCCCGCCUCUAGGUGGUCACGAGUCCCGACAAUCAGAGGCCCCGCUUUCCCCUCCCUGGGAGGCUGGAGCAGGUGGAGCCGCCGCCUGGCCCAGGCUCAGGCUCCCCAAGGAGGGGAGCCGCCCGGGACCAGCUCUGGUGCCGGCCUGCAGUCAGGCGGCCGGGACAGGCCAGGGCCAUGCUGCCACCCUCCUGUGCGGCCGGAGGCGCAUCUCCUUCCUUCUCUCCCCUCUUCCCUGUGAGGGAAGAGACUAGCUGGGCCUCUACCUCCCUGUUCCCCAUGAUGCCAACCCCAGGGUCCCAGGCUUCCUGGGAGGGGAGCCCCUUGCCAUUUUAGCGUCUUGGUGUCGUGUAACCCUUAGCGGCUGGCAGCGGCCGGUCUCCGUG